AUGUACCAAUAUCAGGCCAGUCCCGCCGAGCUCGCCCUCAUAGGCCGUUUGACUGAGUUUGACUCCAAAGCCCCGACCGAAAAGACCAAGAACAUCCCCGACAUCCUCGAGAGCGCCAACACGGUCCUCGCCCAGAUCAUCAGCACCUCCAGCCUCUCCCUCUACGGGAACUUUGCCGCUCUCGAGACGAUCCGGAAGAUUCUUACCGCGCUCUUUUGCGCGCUUGUUUGGUGCCGUGCGGGCGCGAAUCCAGAAGCGAGCACGCUCGUCCAACACAUGCGCGGGUGUACGGGUGCUGAGGCGCUGAACAAAGUUUUUUCGGGGCUGGUUCUGUGGCAGAUGGACUGGUUGAUUUUCAAGGAUGGGGGGGCUUGGUUGGAGGAUCUGGGGGUUUUGGCUGCUGAGGAGGAGGUGGGGUUGGUUUGGGGGGAGGUUAGGAGGGUUUGGCAGAGCAUGAUUGCGAGGAAGAGGGUUGUUUUGUUUGAGAAGGAGCAGACAGAGGCGGAGAUGAGGGAGUUUAGGAGGAUUAAGGAGGGUGGUAGGAGGAGGGGAGGUAGAAGGGGUGGUUGGUGA